GGUUUAGACGUCAUUUCCGUAAAAAAUCAAACAAAUGAGUUUAUUCAUGAUAACGCUAGCCGCGCAGCUGUUCGGCUUAGUUUUCUAUCAAGAUUGAUUUGAUUCCGGUUUACCCGAUCCUACACUUUAACGGACAGCCGUGAAACACCAGAUGACAUUUCCUCCUUUCUUGGAUUGAGCUCAGCAGCAGGCAUGGAGCCGUCCACCAAACCUGGGCCCAGCCAGGUGGCUGAUGUGGUGUUCGUCAUCGAAGGAACGGCCAACCUCGGACCGUACUUCGAGUCUUUAAGAAAAAACUACAUUCUUCCAGCCAUUGAAUAUUUCAACGGAGGCCCUCCUGCAGAAACAGAUUUCGGUGGAGACUAUGGAGGGACGCAGUACGGUCUGGUGGUGUUCAACACGGUUGACUGCGCGCCGGAGUCAUACGUCCAGUGUCACGCACCAACCAGCUCUGCUUUCGAGUUUGUGUCGUGGAUCGACAGCAUCCAGUUCAUGGGAGGCGGAGCUGAAAGCUGCAGUCUGAUCGCAGAGGGACUUUCUGUGGCCCUGCAGCUUUUUGAUGACUUUAAAAAGAUGAGAGAACAAAUAGGUCAAACGCAUAAGGUGUGUGUGCUGCUGUGUAACUCCCCUCCAUAUCUGCUUCCCGCUGUGGAAAGCGUCAGCUACACUGGCUUCACAGCGGAUAACUUGGUCAAAAUCAUCAGAGAUAGAGGGAUUCACUUCUCUGUGGUCGCUCCGCGGAAGCUGCCAGCUCUCAGGGCUUUGUUCGAAUGGGCGUCUCCGGUGACCGGCGCCGUGGAACCGCAUCCGGACUACAGCCAGGACCCGUUCCACAUGGUGCUGGUCAGAGGAAUCUCUCUGCCUGUUUCCGCAGGCGGAGGACAACCACACAAACCAGUCCUCCCUCCUCAGCCGCUGCCUGGUAGCCAGUCUGUUGUCGGACCCUCGCAGGCCCCCCCACCCAUCAACCCCGCACACAGUUAUCAGAACCAGCCUCCGUUGACUCCUGCUCAGGUGGCAGCACAGAUGGCCGUGGAUGCAGCCAAUAACCAGAAGAAUCGCUUCACAGGAAUUACCGGUGGGCAAUUCCAGAAUCAGUCAAUUUCUUCGGUUCCCGGGUCAAAGCACGGGCCGCCUAGCCUACCGACGGUUACCACGGUGAACCAGCCGAUGACCCAGCAGGUUCCCCCCAAUUCACAGCAAACCGUUCCGCCCCCGGGCCAGCUGGUGGCCAGUCAGCCGGUCCAGCCGCAGCCGCAGCCCAAUCAGCCCCCGGCACCGUCAGCUCAGCCCAACAUCGCCAGCGUUCCCCCAGGUCAAGUUAAUGCAAACCAAAUGGGUCAGCCUCAAGGCGUGGCUAAUAAGGUUGUGGCCUGGACCGGAGUUCUGGAGUGGCAAGAGAAGCCCAAAGCCUCGUCUAUGGAUUCAACCAAACUGACGCGUUCCCUGCCGUGUCAAGUUUACGUCAACCAAGGAGAAAACCUCAACACAGACCAGUGGCCACAGAAGCUCAUCAUGCAGCUGAUCCCACAGCAGUUACUGACGACUUUAGGGCACCUGUUCAGAAACUCUCGAAUGGUUCAGUUUCUUUUCACCAGCAAAGACAUGGAUUCCUUGAGGGGCCUUUAUCGCAUCAUGGCCAAUGGUUUUGCAGGAUGUGUUCAUUUCCCCCACACAACUUCGCCGUGUGAAGUGCGGGUGCUGAUGCUGCUCUACUCGUCCAAGAAGAAGAUCUUCAUGGGCCUCAUCCCCAACGACCAGAGCGGCUUCGUCAACGGCAUCCGGCAGGUCAUCACCAACCACAAGCAGGUCCAGCAGCACAGAGCGCAGUUAGGUGGAGCUUCGGUUUCAAUGCAGCCCAAUCAAGUCCCAACCAACCAGAACUUUCUGAACCGGCCGCCCGGCCCCAUCCCGGUUUCCCACGGCAACGUCCAGCAGCAGUCUGUGGUGGUGGGCAUGCCCCCCGUUAGUCAGGUCUCCAUUAUGGAGGAGCAGCAAAGGCCCAGCAGCAUGAUGACGAUGAGAGCAGCAGGACCAACCAAUCAGCAGCCUCCGGUCAGCGGAGCUCCACCCAAUCAGGUUGCUCAGGGCGGACAGACCCAACCACAGGGAUCUAUUCUCCGCCUCCCGAAUCCAGGAGCCAAUCCGCAGCUCCGGAGUCUCCUUCUCAGCCAGCAGCAGCCGCAGGGUGGAGUGUCUCACAUGCCAAACAUGAUGUCCCACCAAGCGUUGGGGCAGCAAAUGGUGCAUCCGGCACCAGGAGGCGGGCCUCAAAUACAAAACCAGUGGAGGCAGCCAAUGUCAGGUCAGAUGCUGAUGUCUGGAGGGCAGCGGGGGCCCAUACCCCAACCUGGGAUGCCUCAGGUCCCCAACAUCACAGACGAGGACGUCAUCAGGGACCUUCUCUGAGGAUCCGGAACCAAAAUGGACUUUUGAAUCUUGAUUUUUAAUUAUUUUUUUUAGUUUAAUCUUUCCAACUUGGAGUUUCCAAUUUGGAGUUAUAAUUCAGCUAUUUUUUUUGUCUUCUCUAAAUGUUCAAUUUAAUUAAACAAGCCACAUGUUGCUUUUUUUAGCCCUGCUGAGCUGCCAGUGUUAAUUGGGGGCAGAAAAAUUAAGAUUAUUUUUUUUAUGGAAACGGUGAAUCGGGGAGGAAACUAAUCCUUCAUGCUUCACACCAGACGUUUUCUUUCUCUCUCUUUUUUUUAAAUAAUCAAGUCAAGUCUUUGCAGAUGAAAUAAAAUUGAGCAUAAAAAUA